AUGGAUAAAUCUUGGAUUGCUAAACCUCGAAAUAAAAUUGAAUACUCUAUUGGUUUAGAAAAAUUCUUAAAUUUUGCUUUUGAGAAUGGGGCUAUUGGAGAUACAAUUCUAUGUCCAUGUCCCAAAUGUGGAUUUAUUAAAUGGCAUAAUAGAGUCGAAGUUGAAGAGCACUUGAUCAUAAAACAAUUUCCCAAAAAUUAUGUUAUAUGGAAUCUUCAUGGUGAGAAACAAACAAAAGAUAUCUCAAGAAAUGAAGAUGAUAUACAAGAGACAUUUCAUUCUGAAAAUCCAAUGGAAACAAUGAUAAAUGAAGCAUUUGGGCAUUAUAGGCAAGAAGGUACUAAUAUAGGUUCACAACCUGUGGGUGUAAACAAUGUUCUGAAUGAAAGGCCAAGGGAGAAUCAUAAUGAAUUUAAUGAAUUUCUCAAUGAUGGUAAUCAGAUUUUAUGUGAUGGGAGCAAGUACACAAAAUUAGAAUUUGUAAUCAAAUUAUAUCAUAUAAAGGUUUUGUGUAGAUUAAGUGACAAGGCAAAGACUAUGAUCUUAGAUUUAUUAAGAGGUGCAUUUAGUAAAGCAAAGUUGCCUCUUUCUUUUUAUGAGGCUAAGAAAAUCAUCAACAAACUGGGUCUUAACUAUACCAAAAUAGAUGCAUGUCCGAAUGAUUGUAUGUUAUAUUUAAGAGAUGAUGAAAAAGAUUUGGAAACAUGCAAACAUUGUGGUACAUCUAGAUGGAACCCAAAGAAGAAGAAGAAGCAACCUGCUAAAGUUUUGCGUUACUUUCCAUUGAAACCAAGAUUGCAAAGAUUGUUUAUGUGUUCUAAGACUACAAAGCAUAUGAGAUGUCAUUCUUUAGAUAACAAGGAUGGGUUUAUAAGGCAUUCAAGAGAUGGUGAGGCAUGGAAGACAUUUGAUUUAAUGCAUCCAAAAUUUUCUUCUGAUCCUCGAAAUGUUCGCUUAGGCCUUGCUAGUGAUGGUUUUAAUCCUUUUGGCACCAUGAGUUCUACCUAUAGUAUUUGGCCAGUGUUUUUAAUUCCAUACAACCUUCCACCCUGGAUAUGUAUGAGACACACUUCAUUGAUCCUAUCCAUGAUCAUUCCAGGCAAGCAAAUGCCUGGAAAUAAUAUUGAUGUCUACUUACAACCCCUUGUGGAUGAGUUACGUGAGCUAUGGAGUGAUGGAGUGGACACCUUUGAUUCUUCACUGAAUGAAACUUUUAGAAUGUGA